CGUUCUGCGUCAGUCACGUGGGUUUUUAGUCCUAAAUGCACAUUUGGCAGAUUCCGCGGAUUUAACAGAGAUUUAUUUCUAUUUUUUUUUAUUUUUCGUCCCGUGUAAAAAGCUACCUGGGGGCGUUUGAUAUGGGUUUAGAAGCCUGGUACAUGGACGGCUCUGACGAGGACCAGAGGAAGCCCCACAGGCUGAACCCUCAUCAGCCCGUCUCUCUGGACGAGUUGAAGAAACUUGGGGUUUUCUACUGGAAACUGAACGCUGAUCUCUAUGAAACAGACCCAGAACUGGAGAAGAUCCGAAAAGACCGAGGCUACUCCUACAUGGACAUAAUUACCAUUCAAAGGGACAGUCUACCCAACUAUGACGAGAAGCUGAAGAUGUUCUACGAGGAGCAUUUACACUUGGACGAUGAAAUCCGCUACAUCCUGGACGGCCAGGCCUACUUCGAUGUCCGGGACAAGGAGGACCGGUGGAUCCGAAUCGCCAUGAGGAAGGGAGACUUGAUCACUCUGCCGGCCGGCAUAUAUCACCGCUUCACCCUGGAUGAGACGGACUUCACCAAAGCUAUGCGGCUGUUUGUCGGGGAGCCGGUGUGGAAGGCCUACAACCGGCCGGCUGAUGACUUCGACAUCCGGCAGAAAUACGUGGCGUCGCUGCAGGGAUCCUGAGAGGGAGCAGCUUCACUGCUUAUAAUACACUGAAGUCACUUCCUCCAGUAGGUUCAACAGGACAAACGGACAGUUUAUGAAUAUGGAUCAUUUGUGAUGAUUUAAACCUUCACUUGGAAGGAAGGCCUGUACUUUCACCUGAGUUUUAGGUCAACAACAUUGAGGUAAUUUAGCUAAAACAGACUUUUUUUUUCUGUCACUAACAAUAACAUGAGUGCCUUCACUUGUAAUAAGUAGACCACAGGUCUAAUUUGUCAUUGCAAACACAGGAAAUAAACAGGUCGGUCUUCAUGACAGCCCAAACAUAUGUUUUUCUUGCACUUGAAAUAAAUCUGCUGCUAAUCA